AUGAGCACUCAAACCCAGACCCAACCAGAACCAGAAACAAUCAUCCUACAAACCCGAACCUCACUUAACGAGAUCCCAUCUCCAACACCACCCCAAGAUCAACCCCCAAAAUGGCUCUACCCCAAAAUCCUCAGCGCAGGCCUCUCCUUCUUCGUCGCAGGCGUCAACGACGGCAGUCUAGGCUCCCUAAUCCCCUACAUAAUCCACAGCUACAACAUCAACACAAACACAAUCGCCAUCCUCUACGCCACAACAUUCGCCGGCUGGUUCAUCGCCGCACUAUCCAACAGCACAAUCUGCCAAAAUCUAGACCUCGGCUCGAUCCUGUGCAUCGGUGCCGCGCUCCAAGUCCUCGCUCACGUCCUGCGAGCCUGGUUCGCGCCAUUCCCACUUUACGCCGUGACGUUUUUCCUCGCGUCGUUGGGCCAGGCUUAUAACGAUACGCAUGCUAAUACGUUCGUUUCGCAAUUGCCCGGCGCGGCGCAUCGGUGGUUGGGCUUUAUUCAUGCUAUGUAUAUGGCUGGAUGUCUUGUUGGGCCAUUCGUUGCGACGGGGGUGGCGUCGGCGAAUGUCCAGUCUCGAUGGAAUCUGUUUUAUAUUUUUCCUUUGGGAUUGGGGGUUGUGAAUUUUGCUUUGGUGACGUUGUCGUUUCAUGAUCGUGUUGCUGUCUUGUCUAAGAAGGACGUCGUCAGAGACGAGGCCCUCUCUUCUGACUCGCAUCGCCCAGAGCGAGAGUCAGCGAGUAAAGCAGCCGUCAAGGAAAUCAAGGAGACACUGUCUACGCCGGGGGUCUGGCUGGUCAGUCUAUUCUUCUUUUUCUUUCUGGGUGCGGCCAUCACGGCUGGGGGGUGGAUGGUCGAGUACCUGGUCAACGUGCGAAACGGAGACGUCAAGAAUAUGGGAUACGUGCCUGCGGGAUAUUACGGCGGAGGCUUUUUGGGCCGACUGCUUCUUGCUGAGCCGACUCAUCGACUAGGAGAGAGGAGAAUGGUCUUUAUUUACGCGGUUCUUUGCGUUGGCUUGCAAUUGGUGUUUUGGCUGGUUCCGAAUAUCAUCACUGAAGCUGUGGCUGUUAGUCUAUUGGGCUUUUUCUCUGGCCCGUUCUUCGCAACGGGUAUAUCCGUUGGAUCCAAGAUUUUUAGACCAGAGAUCCGCUCCUCGGCAAUAGCCUUCGUAUUUGUACUCGGUCAGAUUGGUGGCUCGAUCUUCCCUGCCAUCACUGGUAUCAUCGCGGCUCGGGUAGGGGUUAAGGUAUUGCAGCCCAUACUUGUAGGCUUAUUCAGUGCUGCUGGUAUCAGUUGGCUGUUAUUGCCCAAGAAUGCGGAGGUUCAUCGGGAAUGA